UGGAAGAAGAAGAAAGCGGCGGAUGAUUGGCUACCGUGAUUGGACAAAGUAUCACGUGGUACCGCAUCGUCAUACCCGGAAGAAUGACAUGUUUUAUUUGUUGCUAACAUUUCAGGAGGAGAAGUUUGUCUCCUCGCGUGUCCGGUCCGGAAGUGGACGGUCCCUCUCUCACUUUGUGGUCCCCUUCAUCCACACGUCUGCCGGGCAGCUUAAUGCAAACAGGACCCAAACGGUGGCAGGACCAAAAUGGCCUCCUACUUUGAUGAACACGACUGUGAGCCCACCAACCCCGAGGAGCAGUACCGACAGAACGCACUGCUGGAACUGGCCAGGUCUUUAAUGCAGGGCUUGGACCUGAUGGACUCGGGGUCGUUUGACUUGUCAGACUGGGACCAGCGUCUUCCACCUCCGGCUGCUAAGACUGCAGUCCAGACUCUCACCGUGGUCAUCAUUUCCCCAGAGCAAGCAGACAAAGGCCUCAAGUGUCCCGUGUGUUUGCUGGAGUUCGAGGAACGAGAGUCGGUUCGAGAGAUGCCUUGCAAACACCUUUUCCACGCAGGAUGCAUCCUGCCCUGGCUGGGCAAGACCAACUCCUGUCCGCUCUGCCGCCUCGAGUUACCGACGGACAACCCGGAGUACGAGGAGUUUAAAAAGGACAAGGAGAGAAGAAAGCAGCGGGAGCACCGGCUGGAGGACCUCCACGGAGCCAUGUACACAUGACAGGACUGCGCUGCGGGACCACAGCCUCAGGAAAUGCAACGUGCUGCGUUCACGUCAUGCACGGAGUUUGUGAUGUCAAACACGGAGACGGGAAAUGACGCCGGCCCAAACUCACCGAAUGUAGGCUUGAUUUUAACGUGGUGUGACCUCACUGUUGGCGUAAUGUGUGACGUGUUUCCUGUGCUUUCCUGAGAAAUGGAGUGAACGCAGCAGCUCCGUGUAAACGCUCGCUGGUUAGGAUGAAUUUAUUUUAAAAUGUUGCACUGAAGCACAUUUCAGCUCAUUUUCUUUGUUCCUUUUUUAUAAACAUUUGAGCUUUAAAUUCAUAAAAAUG